AUGAUGCAACAACGAAAAGAUGAGCUUCUGGCAAAAAAGGCCAAGCUAGCAGAAUUGAAGAGGCAAAGGGAGCUGCGAACCAAUGCUGCCAACAGGCAGAGUACUGGCAGCCCAGGGGAUAUUUUAGCCCCAGUUCCAGGACGAGCGGAUACCCGACAGAAUGUAGACGAAAUCGUAAGGCAGCUACUAGGCGAUGAGAGGAGUAGAGCUAGUUCGACGGGCCCUCGCGGUCCUGGUUCUCCAGCUGGAAAGGACAGCCGUCCAAACAGUGUCUUCAGCGCGGGACAACUCAGCAACGAUAACUCAGAGUCUGCGGACGCCUCAGCUGCCGGUGCUCAGCCCCUUACCAUUUCAACUCAAACCCUCUCUACUGCACCUCUAUCUACUGUUUACGAAUUUACUCCAUCACCCGUCAAAGAGGUCUUUUCCUAUAGCAAAGGCGUACAAACAACAGAAGAAUUCGGUACCCAGACAUCACAACCUAAAAUAAUUGAGGAUUCGGAAGAUGAAGAGGCAAGGACGCCAAUCGCCUCUACUCCCGGCAAGCGGUUGAGUAGAAGAGAACGAGACAGAGAGGAGGAGUUGCGCGAGAAGAUUCGAAAGGAAAUUGAGGAGGAGUUGCGGAUUACCCAAGACCUCGGCCUCGACGGACCAUUAAAACAGACCUUACAAAAUGGCACGUCAAACAACUUUCCAGCAAGGAAUUUGACUUCGGAAGAGUUAAAUGCCGUCACAUCUUCAGAAGAUUUUAUGGACUUUGUUGAACGAUCUAGUAAGGUCAUCGAGAGAGCCCUAGACCAGGAAUAUGAUAUAUUGGCAGAUUAUGCACUCCAAGGUGGAGCUGGAAUGGAUGACGAUGAUGUGUAUGGAACCACCGGUGGGAAAGGUCGAAGAGUGAAGGAAGUUGCUCAGUUUUAUGACGAGAGGUGGUCAAAGAAACGAAUGAUAAGCGCCAUCGAUUUUUCUCCCAAAUUUCCUGAGCUCGUACUCGGUGCAUACACCAAAAAUCCUUCGGCGCCUCAUGAUCCCGAUGGGCUCGUUCAGGUCUGGAAUAUGCAUCUUCAUGACCGGCCCGAGUUCGUUUUCCACGCUCAAUCAGAUGUAUUGACCGCCAAAUUCUCCCCAUUCCAUCCCAACCUGAUCAUUGGAGGCGCAUAUAGCGGCCAAGUGCUACUUUGGGAUACUAGGGCGAAAUCUGCCCCCGUUCAGAAAACUCCACUGACAGGAUCCGGUCAUACCCAUCCGGUCUACUCGGUUGAUAUUGUUGGCACCCAAAAUGCCAACAACAUUAUUUCAUGUUCAACUGAUGGAGUUGUUUGUGGAUGGAGUGUCGAUAUGCUUGCGCAACCCCAGGAGUUACUCGUACUGCAAACUCCUGCUCCAGCCAAAACGGAGGAUAUAAGUCCAACAUGCAUGGCAUUCCCCCAAACCGACCCUACAUAUUUCCUCGUCGGUUCUGAAGCUGGAAUUAUCUACCCCUGCCAUCGAUACGAUAGAGCUGGCGCAAAGGCAGGUGUGGACCAGAGAGUCGCCUAUCAUGGUCAUGCAGCACCGGUCAUGUCAAUGGAUUUCCAUCCCGCUCGCGGCCCCGUCGAUCUCGGUGAUUUGGUAUUAAGCAGUGGUCUAGACUGGAGCGUAAAGCUGUGGAAAGUCCGGGCUCCAGCUGCUACAUCUACCACGGGAAUUACAGGGGAAGGACAUUCAGUUGCGCCGAUCCUUGAUUUCAAUCGAGAAGACGUUGUUUAUGAUGCUGCUUGGUCACCUGUGAAACCCGGAGUAUUCUCGCUAGUCGAUGGUGCCGGCAGUCUAGAGAUCUGGGAUAUUACCGUUGAAACCGAGGUUCCACUGGCCAAAGUGCAGCCGAGCGCACGGAAAGGGGUAAGGAGCAUGCUAUCAAAGAGUUUGAAUAAGGUCGCCUGGGAACCAUCAGAAGGCAAGCGUAUUGCGACAGGUGGUAUUGAUGGUGCCAUCACUGUCUUCGAGGUUGGGGCCGAUUUGGGAGGUAAGGACAGCGCGAGGAAUGAAGAAUGGACGAACGUUAAGAAGCUUGUGGCGAAGUUGGAGUCUCAAGGCCCGACCGCGAACGGUAUCAACGGGUUAUAA